AUGACAUCUUUGGUGGACAAGAAACGCAAACGCGGAGUUGCCGGCUCCGCGUUGAACAUCCCCGCUAUCCUCGGCGUAGGCUACGCCGCAUACUCCGAUACUUUCGACUUCGAUUAUUUCCAAUCCUUGGGAUAUAUCAACAUCAGUGAGCAAGAUCUUCACAUCCUGCUCUUGGAAGCAGUCCUCUCCGGACGUUUAGGCUCAAAUAAUACCGAGCCUCAAGUUGUCAUGGGGCAUCAACUAGAACUCUACGUCAAGGAAUCCCACCGUCUCCUUCGAGGGACAACUUUGGCAAGACUGAUGCCAAUGAUGUUGUUGGAAGGCUAG